CCUGCUGUCCUUCACCGUCCUCUUCCUGGCGUGGCUCGCUGGCUUCAGCUCCAGGCUCUUCGCCGUCAUCCGCUUCGAGAGCAUCAUCCACGAGUUUGACCCUUGGUUCAACUACAGAUCAACACAUCACCUCACAACAAAUGGGUUUUAUGAGUUCCUGAACUGGUUUGAUGAGCGCGCUUGGUACCCCCUUGGCCGGAUAGUGGGGGGAACAGUCUAUCCUGGUUUGAUGGUCACCGCGGGCCUCAUCCAUUACGUGUUAAACCUCCUGCACAUCACGGUCCACAUCCGGGACGUGUGCGUCUUCCUGGCGCCCGUCUUCAGCGGCCUGACCUCCAUCUCCACCUUCCUGCUCACCAGAGAGCUCUGGAACCAGGGCGCAGGGCUCCUGGCGGCCUGCUUCAUCGCCAUCGUCCCAGGCUACAUCUCCCGCUCCGUGGCGGGGUCCUUCGACAACGAGGGCAUCGCUAUUUUUGCGCUCCAGUUCACGUACUACCUUUGGGUAAAGUCUGUAAAAACUGGAUCAGUUUUCUGGACGAUAGGCUGCUGUCUCUCCUACUUUUACAUGGUUUCUGCUUGGGGAGGCUAUGUAUUCAUCAUCAACCUGAUACCUCUGCAUGUCUUUGUCUUGCUGCUAAUGCAGAGAUAUAGUCGAAGAGUAUAUAUAGCGUACAGCACGUUCUACAUCGUGGGGCUGGUGCUGUCCAUGCAGAUCCCCUUCGUGGGGUUCCAGCCUAUACGGACGAGUGAGCACAUGGCUGCAGCAGGUGUUUUUGCACUGCUGCAAGCCUAUGCCUUCCUACAGUACCUGAAGGACCGGCUCACGAAGCAGGAGUUCCAGACCUUGUUUUUCCUGGGGGUUUCCCUGGCAGCUGGAGCGGUGUUCCUCACUGUCAUUUAUCUAACGUAUACAGGCAGGUCUACAUCUCUCGCGGUUCCCGGUGGGGGGGGAGAGAAGUGUCUGUUCACAAGGCCUUGCGAGCGGUCGUUGACAUUAGUUGGGGAAUUGUUCUUUUAUUUCAGGUAUGCCAAGAUCCAUAUCCCAAUCAUCGCGUCUGUGUCCGAACAUCAGCCUACCACCUGGGUUUCCUUCUUUUUUGACCUGCACAUCUUAGUUUGCACGUUCCCAGCCGGUCUCUGGUUCUGUAUAAAGAACAUCAAUGACGAGAGGGUGUUUGUGGCCCUGUACGCCAUCAGCGCCGUGUACUUCGCGGGCGUGAUGGUGCGGCUGAUGCUCACGCUGACGCCCGUGGUGUGCAUGCUGUCCGCCGUCGCCUUCUCCAACGUCUUCGAGCACUACCUGGGCGACGACCUGAAGAGGGAGAGCCCGCCCGCCGAGGACAGCAGCGACGAGGACGACAAGCGGAGCGCCGGCAACCUGUACGACAAGGCCGGCAAGGUGCGCAAGCACGUGUCGGAGCAGGAGAAGGCGGAGGAGGGGCUGGGACCCAACAUCAAGAGCAUCGUCACCAUGCUCAUGCUGAUGCUGCUCAUGAUGUUCGCUGUCCACUGCACCUGGGUGACCAGCAAUGCCUACUCCAGCCCCAGCGUGGUCCUGGCCUCUUACAACCACGAUGGCACCCGAAACAUUUUGGAUGACUUCAGAGAAGCGUAUUACUGGUUGCGACAGAACACGGAUGAACAUGCGAGAGUGAUGUCCUGGUGGGAUUAUGGGUACCAGAUAGCGGGAAUGGCCAACAGGACCACGCUAGUAGACAACAACACUUGGAACAACAGUCACAUAGCCCUGGUGGGCAAAGCCAUGUCUUCCAACGAGAGUGCAGCCUACGGGAUCAUGCAGAGCCUGGACGUGGACUAUGUGCUGAUCAUCUUCGGUGGGGUGAUUGGGUACUCGGGGGACGAUAUCAACAAGUUUCUGUGGAUGGUGAGGAUAGCGGAAGGAGAGCACCCCAAGGACAUCAGGGAAAGCGACUAUUUCACGCCGCAGGGCGAGUUCCGGGUCGAUAAGGCAGGAUCCCCGACUCUCCUGAACUGCCUGAUGUACAAGAUGUCCUAUUACAGGUUUGGAGAGAUGCAGCUGGAUUUCCGGACUCCUCCUGGCUUUGAUCGGACGCGCAAUGCUGAGAUUGGGAAUAAGGACAUUAAGUUCAAACAUCUGGAGGAGGCCUUUACCUCUGAGCACUGGCUCGUGAGGAUUUACAAAGUCAAGAAAAUGGAGAACAGGGAACCCUUGGAUCAUAAACCGCGAGUCACCAACAUAUUCCCCAAACAGAAGUAUUUAUCAAAAAAGAUUGCCAAAAGGAAGCGUGGGUACAUAAAGAACAAGUUAGUUCUGAAGAAGGGCAAGAAACUGAACAAGAAAGCUGUUCAGUGAAGACGGACCAAGCAAGAACACAGAGAACCGACACCUGGAAUCCCGAAAGUCUUUGCCUUGAGCUCUGGUCCUACUCCCCAGUGAAGUGGGUGCAGAACUGUCGUCUGCUGGGUCUCUGUGGAGGCUCGAGCAGAGUCAGAAAGCUUGAGAGAUGUCCAUCAGUUAAUUGAGAGGACCUUUGUCUUGCUCUUUACUUUUUUUGUACUUGAAUGUGCUGGCAAGGCAGAAAGCUGCUGAACUGGGGUGGCAGCAGUUAUUUUGUGGUACAUAUUAUAUAAUCCUAUAAAUCUCAAAAUGAACAUAAAAGUAAUUAAACUGGGAGUGAUUGCACCAAAGAGCCCUCUUACCUGGUCCUUAGCACAUGUAAACUUGUUACCUUUUUAAAACCAUGCCUGAGAGGGGUGGGAGUGUCUAGUUCCUGACGCGUGUACAGAUAAUAUACGGUAUGGAGGAACAACCUGCAAGUAAUGUAGAGCUGUUCUGUCAGUGCAUUCUUUUAGCUUGAUUUCAUUAGUCUUUGCAAAAAUGAAAGUUUUCCAAAUGUGUAAAUAUGUUAUAUAAAAAUAUCUAAAAGGGUUAUAUAAUAUAUUGGAUUGUUGUGGUGAUUUUAAAUAUGCAGUUUUUUUGUUACUUGAUAGUGAUGUUUUCUAUUGCAGCAGGUAGCGUUUACAUCAUACAGGAAGUAUAUAGCGAAUGCAAUAACAUUUUGGCAGGAUAUCUAGUCAUUUAAAGGAUGUUGCAUUAUUUCAUGAAGAAUGUAAUUUUUAAACGUUUAUUUUUGUCCUGAUUGCCUAGAUUGUAUAGUCUGCUGCUGGGUAAAACUUUAUUUUGUCUGUAUGGGGGGGGUCGAUUCUCCUUUUAGAUUGGGGGGGGAUCUUUUUUUUUUCUUCUGGAAUAUGAGGCUUUAGGUACAUAGCCAGAGGGGUUAUAAAUAGUUUUGUUUCUGCCUCCAGCCACAUUAGGAAUCUCUCAUUGCGUAAUAUGCUGCUGCCGACUUCCUGAAGCUUGCCAGGACCAGGUUUAGGGAAGUGUAUAAGCUGCAAUAAAAGUCUGCAGUACUUGGGCAAAACACGUCUGUGAUCUACCAUGCAAAGCAGGUGGAAGACACUGAGAAUGCGUACAGCUCGAUAGCUGAACAUGAAACAAGUUGGACCGCCUCCAUAAGGAAUGCACAGCUGUGUCUUAGAACAGCAGAGGAGCUCUUUUUUUAAAAAGGUGACAAGUGUACAAAUCCCAUAAUGCAUAAGAACAUCAGAGGGCUUUGAAUUCUAACUAUAUUCUCCAAGUCAGUGUAUACCUCUUAGAUUUGUCUCAAUUUUUUUAUACCAAUUUCAGUGUCAGCUCAUCUCCUUUAUUGUGCUAACUUCGCUAUAUAUCUUUUUCUUUGUUUUUAAAAUAACAUUAAUUUGCUACUUGUAUGCUAGGCAGUGAGCAUACAUAUCUGAAGAUGGGACAUCAGUGAUUCAGCACAUCUCUUUAUGAACUUGAAAUAUUCUUAAAUAUUUAUUUACAUGAAAGGAAUGAAAUAGUGGGGGAAGUAGUUGAAGAUUUUAAUGGGGAAGACUUAAUUCUCUACAGUGAUGUAAAAUGUCAAGUUUUCCAAGUAGAUGUGUCAAUUCCUUAAAGUUAAUGCUGGUGGGGGAAAAAAAUGUACUUUUUUGGAUUAAAAAUGUAAAUGGAAUGGUUUGGGCAAAUAAUUCCUUAUGGGUGGAAUUCGUUUUGGAGCACUUGGCAAUAUUCUUGUAUCUUUAUUUUCAGUUCUCCCUUCUGUUUCCGUGUUGCUCCUGCCCUGCUUCAGGCACAUGCGACCCAACGUCUAGUUCACUGCUGCUCCUGGGACGGGUCUGUCUUUUCCCUUGGCCCAGGCUGACAUUUCUACAUGGUUGCUAAAAGACAUGGUUCAGUCCUGUUCAAAUGUAGAAGAAAUAAAAAGUUCAAGUUUGUGUAAAAGUC